CCGGAAGUCGCGUCAUCUCGUGCGUUUCUUGUGUCAGUGCGACACAGCGCGAGGGAUUAAAUAAAACAGCGAUGUCGUUUUGCUCUUUUUUCGGCGGAGAGGUCUUUAAAGACCACUUUAAACCAGGGAUUUACGUUUGCUCCAAGUGUGACCAUGAACUGUUCUCCAGUCGCUCCAAGUACGAGCACUCGUCCCCCUGGCCGGCCUUCACAGAGACUAUCCACGAAAACAGUGUAUCCAAAUAUAAGGAGAGGCCCGGGGCUUAUAAGGUGAAGUGUGGGAAGUGUGGAAACGGACUGGGGCAUGAAUUUGUGAACGAUGGUCCAUCCAAGGGGGUUUCUCGCUUCUGAAUAUUCAGCAACUCACUGAAGUUCGUCCCUAAAGAUAAGGUUGAUGGACACUAAGGUGAGCUGUGAAGAAGGAAAGCUGAAUGAUUAGAAGCUCCUCUGUGCUGCUGAAGGUGUGGACAGUGAAUGAAGUGUUCUGGGACAAAGUCCUCUCAGGGAGCACCGGGACUCGGAUGAAUAAUGGCCUCACUGAAGAGCAAGGACAGAGCAGCGCAGGAAACCCUUAAAUUAUGCAAUUAUCACAGAUUAAACUGCUAGAUUGACAGCACAAAUCACAUCAUACACGCACAGACUAUUUAUAUCAAGUUGGUGCUUUUUAUUAGCCUGAAAAAGUCUUUUCUGGAAGUUAAUCAGUAAGUUUGGAAAGCAUAUGACAUACAUGUAAUAUUCAUUCGUUUAUUCUAUCAGAUAAGCAUUUAAUGCAAAUUGUGCACAAUGAUUUCUAUGUUUGAAAUAAAAGUCAAAUAAAUAUGAUUUUCAUCAUA